CGGUGUCAGACUCUUUCUAGCAAGUGCGGCUAAAAGUAAACCAGUGGAUGAGCUGCUGCAGUGAGUGUCUUGUGAUCGAGUGCUUACAUCAUUGGUACUAGUUUAAAAAAAUUGUGUGUGAUUUUGUGACAAACUGGGCGGUGUGCAAACAAAACGUAAAAAUAUGGCAGAGAGUAGAGGAUCAUUGUUGGCAAAAUCUGUGCAAAAACACGCUGGAAGAGCUAAAGAAAAGAUCCUUCAAAAUUUGGGGAAAGUAGACAGAACUGCUGACGAGAUAUUCGAUGAACACUUGCAAAAUUUCACAAGACAGCAAAAUGCAGCAAACAAAAUUCAAAAGGAAUUCACCAACUAUAUUAGGUGUAUAAGAGCUGCUCAAGUAGCGUCAAAAACUCUAUUGGACGCGAUAGGAGAGACGUACGAGAGCCAGUGGACUGGACACGAUUUACUUUACGUACAAACACAAUCAGUAGACAACUUAUGGCAGGAUUUUAGCAACAAAUUAGCGGACCAAGUCCUUCUUCCAUUAAACACAUACCAAGGCCAAUUCCCAGAAAUGAGGAAAAAAAUCGACAAAAGGGGCAGGAAACUCGUGGACUACGACAGUCAGAGGCACAGCUUCCAGGGUUUGCAAACCAACAUGAAGAAACGGGACGACGUCAAGAUUGGCAGGGGACGCGAACAGCUGGAGGAAGCCAAAAGGACAUACGAAAUGCUUAAUUCGGAACUUCACGACGAACUUCCCGCCUUGUACGAUUCCAGAAUAUUAUUUUUAGUUACUAAUCUACAAUCGCUCUUCAAUGCCGAGCACGUCUUCCACACGGAAUGUUCUAAGGUUUUCGAAGAAUUAGAAGCAAUCGUCGACAAAUUGGCAACGGACAGUCAAAGAGGGUCUUAUAGUAUUAAGAAAACGAAUGGUGCUAGUCUUCCUCGUCCGACCAGUCUUAAAAAUUCGUCUCCACUUAUUGUAAACAACACGUCGACACUCAACUCGGCCAGAGCGGAAGACCUUUCACAAUCCCCGACUAAAAACGACUAUUCUCCAAUAAACGAGAAACCGGCCUCCACUCCGAACUCCAACUCUAACAAUUCAAACAACUCCAACUCAAUUUCCAACUCCAACGACAAAGAUACCGCCUCACCACCCUCCUCCCCCACUAAAAACGACUCGACCCCCCCGGCUCCCGAAAGCACCCCCCCUCCCGUCGAAAAGCUUAACGGCACGAGCACGCCCGACGGAAAAAGCCCCUCUCCCGAACCGGAACCCGAAUCCCAGGCGAAAGCCAAAUCUAAACCCGACAGCCCAGAGCCCACCAAAGCUACUAACAACGUCGACACUGACACCGACGAUAAAAAAAUCGAGGAACUGUACGAUAUUCCAGUGGGAGCUAGUACUGAAAACUUGCCAGCAGGCGUGUUGUACAGAGUAAAGGCUACUUACAAAUACAACAGGGAAGAUGUCGAUGAGUUGUCAUUUGAAGUUGGAGAAGUUAUCAACGUUAUUGAAUAUGAUGACCCAGAAGAACAAGAGGAAGGUUGGUUGAUGGGAGCCAAAGAAAACGGAGAAAAGGGCAUGUUCCCAGCCAAUUUUACAAGGCCACUGUAAGGUACAAUGUUGAAGAAAUUGUGGGACAAAUCAAUCACAACACUGAAAUAUACUUAUUGAUGUUUCAUGUAAGAUCAAAAAAGUGCCUUAUAUUUUUAUAGUUUUUUAUGUUUGAUUUUUAUUUAACAACGAAUAAUUAUACUGUUAAUUUAUUUUUUAAGUUAUUUAAUUGUUAUCUCGUUGAGAAUCUCAGAGAUAUAUAUAUAUAUAUUGAAAUACUCAAAAACUU